AUGAGGAUUUUCUCGGUUUUACUUUGGAUUCUUUUCCCAGGCUGCUGGGCGGUGACGGGCCCCGGGGCAGUGCGCAGCCCCCCGGGCGGGUCGGUGGCUGUGCGGUGCCGGUACCGGGCGGGCUAUGAGAAUUAUCAGAAGUUCUGGUGCCGGGAAGGAGGCUUGUUCUGUUCCAACUGGUUUCACGUCAUUCAGACCGACGGGUCGGAGGCGGAGGUGACGCGGGGCAGAGUCUCCAUCCGAGACAAUCACACCCAGCGCGUGUUCUCCGUGACCGUGGGGAACCUGAAACCGGCAGACGCCGGGACAUACCUCUGCGGGGUACAGAGGUCUGGGUUUGAGCUCAGGGACGCUGUGGAACUCACCGUCUCCCCAGCGGCCACCCCCGACCCCUCAGGCGGGAGCCGGUAG